AUGGCUCAUGCCUCUAGCACAUCAUUCUUGAGGUUUGCGGAGAACAGAAUCUUGAAAGCAAGAAAAACUUGUCGAUGGUUGAAAUUUCUGGUGAGGCCUUUCUUCCAGCACUACAAAGAUGAAGGACAUUCUGCUGAAACUCCUUUGAGCUUGACAGGUGAUGUUCAGGUGGUUUCUACUCUCAACUGCUUGACUGCAGACAAGGCUCCUGGUAUCAAUACUCUUGGUCUGGCACACAUUGGACAACGAAAAAGGAAAAAUGCUACCUCAGUUUUGGAUGAAUUUGCACCAGCAGAUACCACGUAA